AUGGAACAAGGUGCAGUCGACAAGCAAGCUGUGGCCGACAAGGCAAGCAGAUCAUUGCCCGCUGGUAGCAAGGAACAGCCGACCCCGAAUGCUGAUGACAACGCUGGCCCCCAGCGAGAGGCUACCUUUCAAGACUACUUGCGAUUAUUCAAGUAUGCCAACACAUGGGACUUCGUGGCGUACGCUGCUGGUGCUGCUGCCGCGAUCGGCUCCGGCGUGACAAUACCUCUACUAAACGUCGUCUUUGGCAAAUUCACCACGCAGUUCUCUGCGUAUGCUGGAACGGAGACACUCGCCGAGGGCCAGUUUCAAAGUCAGCUAAACCGAUUCUCUCUUUAUAUGCUGGGUCUGUUUCUUGGCCGCCUAAUUUUGAGCUACAUCAGCAAGCUUGCUUUCCGUAUGAUUGGCCUUCGAAUCUCCGCCGCGAUUCGACAGGAUUUUCUCAAUGCCAUCUUCUCCCAGAGCGUCCAUGUGCUGGACUCGAUGCCUCCUGGAUACGCAACCGCCGUCAUCACCUCUUCCAGCAACACUGUGCAGCUCGGAAUUUCCGAAAAGCUUGGUGUAUUUUUGGAGUUCAAUGCCACCCUGGUUGCUUCCAUUAUUGUUGCCUUUGUCUACAGCUGGCAGCUUUCUCUCGUCACAUUCACUGCAGUCGUCUUUAUUGUGCUGUGCGUCAGCAUCGCUCUUCCAGCUAUUACAAAAGGCAGCACACUCCAAGGCCAGUCUGACGCCAAGUCUACCUCAAUCGCUAGCGAGGCUCUGAGUAGUUUGAGAAUGGUUGUAGCAUGCGGUGCCGAAGCUCGAAUUAGCACCAAAUACGGUCGGUUCGUGGAUGAGGCCAAGAAACACGCACAGUCUGUCGGUCCAUUGAUUGCCACUCAGUUUGGUUUGAUUUUUUUUAGCAGUUAUGCUGCUUUUGGUCUGGCGUUUUGGUACGGCACCAAGCUUUUAGUUGAACACAAGAUCAGCGAGCUUGGGGCCAUUGUCAUUGUACUGUUUUCCGUCAUGAUGAUAGUGGCUUCAAUGGAGCGCACUUCGGGACCUCUUCUGGCAAUUAGCAAGGCCAUGGUUGCAGCUUGCGAAUUCUUUACCGUUAUCGAUGCGCCCCGGCCCGAGCCCGGCCAUCUUACGGGUCAGGACGUAUCGGCGACCGAGGAUCUCGUUCUAGAGAACGUAACCUUUGCCUACCCUAGCCGUCCGCGCGUCAAGAUUCUUGACAAUCUGAGUCUAACGCUCGAAAAGGGUAAAGUUACAGCUCUUGUUGGGCCCUCUGGCUGCGGAAAAAGCACGAUUGUCGGGCUUCUAGAACGCUGGUACAAUCUCAAGAGCCAGCACAUCAUUCCCAAAACUGUCGAGAAAAAAAAAGAAAAGCCGGGCAGCAAGAAGGGUGAUGACAACAGCGGUAAUAAUGGUCAGGAAUUGAAUCCAGGGGCUAAUGCAGAUGACAACACCGGUCCGCCUAUAGAACUGCGUGGCCGAGUUUCCAUUUGCGGUCACUCCUUAGAUGAAGUCAACGUCAAGUGGUGGCGGUCGCAGAUUGGUCUUGUUCAGCAGGAGCCGUUUCUAUUCAACGACACUAUCUACAGCAAUGUCGUUAGUGGCCUUGUCGGAACGAAGUGGGAAAAUGAACCGGAAAACAAAAAGAGACAAAUGGUCCGGGAGGCGUGCAGAGAAGCGUAUGCAGAUGAGUUUAUCGAGAAGCUCAGAGGAGGCUAUGACACAUCCGUCGGUGACAGUGGUACUAAGCUCUCCGGUGGUCAGCGUCAACGUAUCGCUAUUGCUCGCGCCAUCAUCCGACAGCCCUCAAUUCUCAUACUCGACGAAGCGACGAGUGCAAUUGAUGUACGAGGCGAGGGAAUCGUGCAGGCGGCCCUGGAUAGGGUGUCAAAAAACAGGACCACAAUCACAAUCGCUCAUCGCCUUUCUACCAUAAAAAAAGCAGACAGAAUUGUAGUGCUGAGGCAGGGACAAGUUGUCGAGUCCGGCACCCAUGAAAGCCUUCUCGCUGAUGAAAACGGCCUCUACCACAGCCUUGUUCAUGCUCAGUCACUAUCGUUGGGAGAGGUUGCCGAGGCGGACAACGUGCAGGAGAAGGAAAAGCACGCUUCCUUGAUACAAGAAAAGAGUCGUGCCGAGUCUGCAAAGGCAGAAGGGGUGGUAGAGGAGGGCAAGAACAGCACACACGACAGAAAUUUGUUUUCCACCUUUGGCCGCUUCUUAUAUGAAACUAAGUCGAAUUGGUGGAUGAUGGUUCUGGCCCUUGUCUUUGCUGCCUGCUCCGGUGCCGGCAUUCCUUUCCAGGCAUGGCUCUUUGCCAAGGUCAUCAUUGUCUUCAGUUACUUUCCGGACGCUGUCAAAGUUCAGCAUGAGAGCGCAUUCUGGUCCCUCAUGUGGACUGUCCUGGCUAUCGCCACCGGUGCCAGCUACUUUGCGACGUUUCUGUUUGCCAAUCGUACUGCCACCAACAUUCGUGCCAAGUACCAGAAGCAAUAUUUCUCAUCCAUUCUGUAUCAGAAAAUUGCUUUCUUUGACGAAGACGAUCAUUCUCAAGGCACGAUGACGGCUCGUAGCGCAACAGAUCCAAAACAGCUGGAAGAAGUGCUCGGGACAAACAUGGCGAGCGUAUUCGUUGCACUGUUCACCUUGAUUGGGUCUCUGACCAUCGCAUUCGUCUUUGCUUGGAAGCUAGCGCUUGUGUCUUUUUUCGUUGUUGUCCCGAUUCUAUUUGGCACUGGCUACUGGCGAAUUCGUUACGAAAUCAAAUUCGAUGAAAUGAGCCACGCCGUGUUCGCGGACAGUUCUAAAUUCGCAUCGGAGGCUAUUGGUGCUUUCCGGACUGUAACGUCCUUCACGCUAGAGGAUGCUUUUUGCGAGCGAUUCCGUAAGCUUGCCCAAGGCCAUGUUACGGACGCCUAUAAAGAGGCUCGUUGGGUGACGCUUUUGUUUGCUUUUUCGGAUAGCGCGACUAUCGGGUGCCAGGCUUUAAUACUUUGGUAUGGUGGACGGCUUCUCCUUCACGGUGAAUUCGGCCUGGAGAGCUUUUUUGUGUGCUUCAUUUCGGUGCUGAACGCGGGUGAGACGACGGGGAGAGCACUCGGCUUUGGUCCCAACGUAGCCCAAGCCGGUGGAGCGGCCAAGCGUAUACUUGGUCUGAGGGACAGUCAAGUGAAGGACGACCCGGCUGCCAGCCGCGAGUCGGUUACGACUGACGGUAACGGCAUGAAGAUUGAGUUGGAUAACAUCACCUUCAGAUAUCCUACUCGAGACGCGCCAGUGUUCAAAGACCUCUGUCUCACAAUCGAGAAGGGCCAGUUCGCAGCCUUGGUCGGUGCAUCUGGAUGCGGAAAAUCAAGCAUUAUUUCCCUGCUUCAACGAUUUUACGAUCUUGAUCACGGUCGCAUCCUCUGCGAUGGCAGGGACAUUACUUUGAGCAAUGUGUACGCGUAUCGCAGCCGCCUCUCGCUGGUAGCGCAAGAGUCCAGCUUAAUCCAAGGCACACUGCGCGAGAACAUUCUUCUCGGGGUCGACGAAUCUACUGUCACGGACGAAAUGAUUUAUGAAGUAUGCCGCCAAGCAUCGAUCCACGACUUUAUCGUGUCGCUUCCCGAAGGCUACAACACCGACAUUGGCUCGCGUGGCGUGUCUCUCUCAGGAGGGCAGAGGCAACGCGUAUCUAUCGCGCGUGCUCUCAUCCGCAAUCCCGACAUUUUGCUGCUCGACGAGGCCACCAGUGCGCUGGAUUCAGAGAGCGAGAAACAGGUGCAGGCGGCGUUUGAGCGCGCAGGCAAGGGGCGUACCAUGGUGGCCGUUGCGCACCGGCUCGCGACGGUGCAAAACGCCGAUGUCAUUUUUGUCCUUGGCGACGGGAAAUUACUAGAGAAGGGCAAUCACCAAGAACUUCUUGCUAAACGCAGCGUGUACUGGCAAAUGUGCCAGAGCCAAGCCCUCGAUCGCUAG